AGUUUAUUACUCGUAAGUUAUAUAACCAACCCACACAAAAGCAAAAAAGUAGAGCUACCAAACACAUUACAACCAAAAGCAAAAGCAAACCCAAGGGUGUCCCAAAAAGCUCACUUUUCUCUGCUCUCUCGUCAAAAGCAAACCAAACAUACCUAAACUUAUGGAAGAAGAUGGGGAAGAUUUGCCACCAUUUUGGCUCCAAAGCUCCACCAAUCUCCGCCGCACCGACCGCCGCCGCGGCGGAGGCUUAUCCUCUCUCUUCCUCAACUCUGGAGUAUUGAUCUUGCUCUUGUUGGUAACUGCUUUUGUUUUCAUGUUUUUCAUAGUUCCUUCAAUCCAAUCCAUUACUGCUCAUGUUUAUAGACCAAACUCGGUGAAAAAAAGCUGGGACUCACUCAAUAUAAUACUAGUUCUCUUUGCCAUAGUCUUUGGAUUUCUCAGCAGAAACAAGAUUCAUGAUGAAAACAGUUUUGAUGAAGAUCAGACGGUCUCUAAUGUCAGAGAUCAAGUCCAGAAAUCAACCCCAUCAACACCACACCAAUGGUAUGAGUAUUCGGAUCGGAUGGUGUACAAUUCAGAUAGCAUGGGUGGUGGGUUGAGGAGGGCAAGCAGCUCAUACCCAGAUCUACGUGAAGAGUCACCGUGGGUGAUCAGGGAUGAUCGCCGGCGAUGGUUUGACGAUACCCAUGUCGACGGUUAUCGGAUUUCCGACUCCGAUCACCUUCGUCGUCGACGGCAUCAGCCACAAGAUGUUGAUUUAUUGGUGAGUAGUACUCCUACCAAGGAAGUUCCAUAUGAUCCAAUACGGCAAUCACCACCACCGCAAUCAUCUCCACCACCUCCGCCGCCGCAAUCAUCACCACCACCAUCACCACCACCAACAGUGCCAAUGCCAGCUGUCAAACAAAAGCCAAGGCGAAAUUAUCACCAUCAAAGUGCUGCACAUAAACAGAAAACAAACACACAAGUGAUGAACAAUGAUUUAGAACCCAAAAAGUCCCCAGCAACACCAGUAGUGCUGACUUCACCACCGCCUCCGCCCCCGAUUCCAUCAUCCCAGUAUUAUUCCGAGCAAAAUGUCGGCAAAAGUAACAGAAAAAGAAGUGGUGCAAAUUCAACUAAAGAUUUCUUAACCUCAUUCUACGAUAAAAGGAAGAAGAAGAAGAAGCAAAGACAGAGAAGUGUUGAUAAUUUCGAAAGCCUACUUCAGCCUCAAGAUCCCCUUUAUUCACAACAACAACAACAACCACCACCACCACCUCCGCCGCCGCCGCCGCCGCCGCCACCACCGUCUGUUCUUCCUAAUCUGUUUUCAUCCAAAAAGGGCAAGAAUAAGAGAUUUCUUUUUGUUGAACAACAACCACCAUCUCCGCCUCCACCUCCAUCUAUGGCGGCGCGUGCAUCCAGAAAUACAAGCCAAAUUCCACCAGUCACUACCCACAAACCAUUUUUACCGGUACAGAUAAGUAAUUUCAACAGCAUAGAUGAGCAUUCAAACAGUGGAUCUAAGACCCCUUUGAUUGGCAAUGAGUCGCCUUUGAUUCCGAUACCGCCGCCUCCACCGCCGUUCAAAAUGCCGGCCUGGAAAUUUGUGGUGCAAGGUGAUUAUGUUAGGGUACUGAGCAACCAUAGCUCGCGCAGUGGGUCUCCGGAUCUGGAAGACGUCGAAUCUCCACCGAGCAAGACAUCGACAUCAGCUGAAUCAAGUGAGAUAACGGGCGGGAUGAUCGCCGGAGAUGUGAUGUCGCCGUUGUUCUGUCCGAGCCCAGAUGUGAACACCAAAGCUGAUAGCUUCAUUGCCAGGUUCAGGGCUGGGCUUAGGCUUGAGAAGAACAAUUCUAUCAAGAAAAUGCAGGGGGUAGGACUGUCCAACUUAGGCCCAGAAGCCACUCAAGAGACAGGCCCAAGUCAGAUUUGAAGUUAAUUUAUUGCUUUUUUUUUUUUUUUUUUUUUUUUUUUUUUGGGUAUUGGCCUUACCAGGGGUGUGCUGAUUUGGGUUGUUCUAACAUGUACAAGAGUUUGCUUACAGAUAGAUUAUACAGAGAGAGUUGAUGAUGAAGAUUAAUGGUUUGGGGGCUCUGAUUGUGUUUUUUUAAGUUGCUUUUGGAGUCCAGUAAGUAUUGUAUUUCAAAAAAGAAUUGAUGAUACAGAUUUGUAAUAUAUGGAAUUGUUGUGUA